AUGGCGGCCGCGCUGCGCUCCGGGGCCUCCUGCCCCAUCUGCCGCGAGCUCUUCCAAGACCCCGUCUCCAUCCCUUGCGGCCACAGCUUCUGCCGCGGCUGCAUCUCCCGCUGCUGGGAAUGGGCCCCGGGCGGCUUCGCGUGCCCGCGGUGCCGCCGCGCCGCGCCGGAGCGCAGCCUCCGGCCCAACCGGCAGCUGCGGCGCGUGCUGGAGGCGGCCAAGAGGCUGAGCGCGGAGGCCGCCCGCGCGGAGGCCGAGGCUCCGGGCGGCUGCCCGAGGCACCGGGAGCCGCUGCGGGCGUUCUGCCGGGAGGACGCGGCGCUGCUGUGCGCCGUGUGCCGCGAGUCGCGGGCGCACCGCGCGCACGCCGUGCUGCCCGUGCGCGAGGCCGCCGAGGAGUACAAGGGACACGUCCAGGCCCGCGUGCAGGCCCUGAAGGAAGAACGGGACCAACUGCUGGCCCUGCGAGAGGCUGAAAUGGGGAGGAACUGGGAAUAUCUGGAGAAGACCGAAGCCGAGCGGCAUCAAAUCCUGUCGGAAUUCGAGCAGCUGCGGCUCUUCCUGGAGGAGCAGGCGCGUUGUCUCCUGGCCCAGCUGGGACGGCUCGACAGAGACAUUGAGAAAACGCAUGAAGAGAAGGUCACCAGCCUCACCGAGGAGAUCUCGCGCCUGGACACCGUGAUCCAGGAGAUGGAGGAGAAAUGCCGGCAACCAGCAAGAGAGUUUCUGCAGGACAUCAGAGGCACCUUGAGCAGGGGUGAGGAGGGGAGUUUCCAGCGGCCCCCGUUGGCCCUUCCGGAGCUGGAGGAGAAGAUCGGCCGCUUCAGGGACAAGACCCUUGCUCUGAAGGAGACGUUGAGGAGCUUCCAAGACAUCCUGAUGUUCGAGCUGCCUGAAAAGACCAAGGUGAGCCUGGACCCCGGCACGGCUCAUCCGCAGCUCGCCGUGUCGGCCGACGGGAGCAGCGUGAGAUGGGAAGAAGCCCAUGGAGAUGGGGAUGGGGAUGGGGACCCCGAUCCCUGCGUGCUGGGCCGCGACGGGAUCCUCUCGGGCUGGCGCUGCUGGGACGUGGAGGUGGCACCCCACGGCUCCUGGGCCCUGGGGGUGGCCACGGGGCCCGCGCCGAGCGGGGACGGGAGCCCCGGCGUCCAGCUCUGGUCCAUGGGGCUCUGCCAGGGCCAGUUCUGGGCGCUCACGUCCCUGGAGCGCACGGCGCUCUCCCGCGAGCGCGUCCCUCGGCGCGUCCGGGUCUCCCUGGACUACGAGCAGGGCCGGGUGGCCUUCUUCGACGCCCACACGAGGUCCCUCAUCUUCGCUUUCCCGGCCGCCUCUUUCCACGGGGAGAGCGUCCACCCCUGGUUCCUGGUGUGGGGCGAGGGCUCCCAGAUAACGUUGUGCCCCUGA